AUGGACGGAUCUUCCAGUUCACCAAGAGGCAAAGGCAUGCUGGAAAGGGAGGAGAAGAAGGACGAGACCCGGUACCGGGGCGUGAGGCGGCGGCCAUGGGGGCGGUACGCGGCCGAGAUACGUGAUCCCACCCGGCCCGGAGCCCGGCUGUGGCUAGGCACAUUCGACACGGCCGAAGAGGCUGCCCGGGCCUACGAUGAGGUGGCCUUCAAUCUCAAGGGCCAUCUAGCGAUUCUGAAUUUCCCGAACGAGUACUACUCUCGGCUUCCGGUCCCUCACUACCCAUCCACGUUGUGUCCUCUUCCGGGGACUUCUUCGGGGUCGUCGCACAAUAAGAUUGAGUUCGAGUACCUGGACAACAGCCUGCUAGAGGAGAUGCUCGAGUCCACGGAAAAGAAGAAGAAAAAUAAAUGA